AAAGUCGAUGCAAAUGGCAAUGGUGAGAUCAGAAUAUUCUGCAGGUAAGGGAAGUUGGCCAUUUUGCAUGGUGGGGGAUGAAUGAGGAAUAUAUAUCUUCAAUCUUGUAUACUUAGGAAACUCAUUAAUCUUCUUCUCCCGGUUUAGUCCAUUCCUUUUUCUAGAUCCCCCUGCAAAUCAGAAUACCCACGUUGCUUAAAAUAGUAAUAAUAAUUAUGCAUGCUUCCAUGCUGUUGCCUUUAUAUCUGGGAGAGCCUCUCUCUUCUCUCUGCGAAGAGGCACAGCCAUGGGAGGAGAUGCAGAAGGGCUUGAGCAAGAAGAACAGAGAGCGGUGGACAUCAGCCUCAAGGACCUGUCCAAGAAGCUUGAAGAUUUUGCCAAGGCCAGAGACUGGGAGAAGUACCACAGCCCCAGGAACUUACUCCUCGCAAUGGUUGGUGAAGUGGGAGAGCUAUCAGAGAUAUUCCAAUGGAGAGGAGAGGUAGACAAAGGAUUACCUAAUUGGGAGGAAGCAGAGAAGGAGCAUUUAGGGGAAGAGCUCUCGGAUGUGCUGCUAUAUCUCAUCAGACUGGCUGAUAUUUGCGGCAUUGAUCUGGGAGAUGCUGCCUCCAAGAAAAUUGUGAAGAAUGCCAUCAAAUACCCUGCAAAGCUCUUCUGAACUUACUGCUCACUGUAGAAAACCUUGUUUGGUGACCAAGAAAAUUAUGAUUUUGUUGAAACCCCGUAAUGUUGAAUAAAACUUACAGCUUUUGAGGCCA